AUGUCGAAGCCAAAUCUUGAGUGGUCAGCGGCUCGAAUUAGGCAGCAAUUCAUCGAUUUUUUCACGGAAAGGGGACACACAUUCGUACCUGGCUCUUCCGUUGUCCCUUUGAAUGAUCCUACUCUUCUUUUUAUCAAUGCUGGUAUGAACCAGUUCAAGUCCAUUUUUCUCGGUACCAUUGAUCCAAACACCGAUUUCGGUCGUCUGACCCGCGCUGUCAACUCUCAGAUGUGCAUCCGUGCCGGUGGCAAGCAUAAUGAUCUUGAUGAUGUAGGCAACGACACGUAUCACCAUACUUUUUUUGAAAUGCUCGGCUCCUGGUCGUUCGGAGAUUAUUUCAAGAGGGACGCAAUCUAUUGGGCGUGGGAGCUGCUGACAGAUGUGUAUAAACUCCCCAAGGAUAGGCUCUACGCGACCUAUUUCGAAGGCGAUCCUGAGCACAACCUGGAGCCUGAUGAGGAGGCGCGUUUACUUUGGGAAGAACUUUUACCAAAGGAACGUGUUUUACCCGGAAAUGCGAAGGACAACUUUUGGGAAAUGGGUGAGACAGGCCCAUGUGGUCCAUGCACGGAAAUCCACUAUGAUUACAUUGGCAAUCGCGACGCCUCGGGGCUUGUGAACAAGGAUGAUCCCAUGGUCAUGGAGAUAUGGAACUUGGUGUUUAUCCAGAUGGAGCGUCGUGGGGACGGACAACUGGUGCCGCUGCUCAAAAAGAGUGUCGAUACUGGGAUGGGUUUGGAGCGGCUUAGUUCUAUCCUUCAAGGUAGCACAUCAAACUAUGACACCGAUCUUUGGUUGCCCAUAUUCCACAAAACUCAAGAGAUCACAGGUUAUCCGUAUUCCUACGAAGAAGUUCGUGACGAUCCUUCCAGUGAUGCUAAAGUAGCAUAUCGCGUCAUAGCCGACCACAUCCGCUGCAUCAGCGUAGCUAUUGCGGAUGGCGCGAUGCCGGACUCUGUUGGUCGAGGUUUUGUGCUACGCCGCAUUAUUCGUCGCGCGAUUCGCUACGGGGUUCAGUUUCUUAACGCUAAGACAGGCUUCUUCUCAUCCCUGGUGAGCUCCGUCGGGGAGUCUCUCGGCCCGUUCUUCAAGAACCUUUCAGACGAGAACGUCCUUAAGCACAUUAAGGCUGUCCUUGAGUCCGAGGAGAUUUCAUUCGCUAAAACAUGGGAAACGGGCAUCAAGCACUUCAACCGUGCUGUUGAAGAGGCCAAGGCUUCAGAGACGAACAUCAUCAACGGCGACAAUGCUUUUAUUCUCCACGAUCGCUAUGGCUUUCCAGUUGACCUCACAUGUCUCUUGGCGAAGAAAGAAAAUAUGGAGGUUGAUAUGGAAGAAUUUAAUGCAAAUAUGAAGGCCAGCCAGGCCAAUGGUGGAGUUUCAACUAUGAGUAGGAGGUUCUUGGAGAAUCAGGAAUUGGAUGAGUUAAGACAUCGUGGUGUACCACAAACCAAGGAUGAAUUCAAGUACGUCUGGGAGGAGCAUGUUGGAACCAUUCUUGCCAUUUUCGAUCAACAGAGCAAUGAGUUCCUUGAUGUCCUUUCACCGAACGACCUCAAUGAUGAAGCCAUUGGCAUCAUUAUGGAUGAAACGAACUUUUAUGCAGAAUCGGGUGGCCAGAUCUACGACAUUGGACGUCUCGUUGCUGCCGAAGAUGCUGUAUUUGAAGUCCGGAAAGUGCAUAACAUUGGAGGCUAUAUCAUCCACAUCGGCAACCUCUCUAAAGACUCAUCCUGCCCUAUUCCUUCCGGCGCCAGCGUUCAGCAGCAAGUGGACUUCACUCGACGCUUAUCCAUCGCAGCCAACCAUACGGCGACUCAUCAACUUAACUGGAUUCUUCGCAAUGUUUUGGAGAAGGAAAAUGCAGUGGGGCACCUGAGCGUGCAGCAGAGGGGUUCCCUUGUCGCGGAUAAUAUACUGCGCUUUGACUUCAGCUACGGCAACAAGCUCAGUUAUGAGCAACUCAGUAAGGUGGAGAUGCUACUUAAUGAAAAGAUCAAGGAAGCCCCACCAGUAUACCGUAAGCAAGUACCUCUUCAAGACGGCUUGCGGAUCAGCAGUGUGUGCCAUAUCUUCGGUGAGAAGUACCCAGACCCUGUCAGUGUUAUUUGCGUUGGUGCUCCUCUCGAUAAAGUCAUGGAGAACCCCGAGGACAAGGUUUGGAAGGAAUACGCUAUCGAAUUUUGCGGUGGUACCCACCUCAGCAAUCUCCGUGAUGCUCAGUCGGCCGUCAUUCUAUCUGAGGAUGCCCUCACGAAAGGCGUGCGCCGCAUCGUUGUGGUCACUCGCGAUGAAGCUGCGAAAGCGAUCAAGGAAGGAGCCGAGUUUACUCAAAAGUACGAAGAGUUAUCAAAGGCUCCGGCGUCCGAGGCAGGCCUAAAAGCGUUAUCUGUCCUCAACAAGAAGAUUGGUGAUAGUACGAUCCCAUUGCUCGAAAAAAUUCGCCUGCGCGAAAAAAUUGAUGGAGAUGUUAAACGACUUAACGCGAUACUCAAGUCUCAAGCCGCAAAAAUGAAUGAGAAGGCCUCCUUCGAUGGAAGGGAGCUCGCCGAAAGCCCUGAUGCCCUCGCUUCACCUUUCAUUAUUAAACACUUGACAGAGUACGGCGCCGAUCGUGAGUCUUUGCAGGCUUUCGCAGAUGGGUUCAAUUCAAACGUCGAAAGACCAGUCGGUCUUUUCCUCCUGGGCAGUGAUGCCUCCAGGGCCUUGGCGUUGGUCACAAUGCCGUCUGAGUUCGUCGAUAAGAAACUCAGCGCGGUCGAUUGGACCAAGGCUGCAAUUGGGAAAGGCGGUGGGAAGCCACACAUGGCACAAGCUGGUCUGGAGGCCUCACAGGUGAAAGAGGUCUUACUGAAGGCCGCUGAAGUCGCAGAAGCAAUGACGGCUGCUCUAUAG